AUGUCGCUCGUUGAAGAGAAGCACGAAUGGGGCGCCGUCCGCGUGCGCCAGACUUUUCUGGACUACUUCAAGGAGCGCGGACACACGUUUGUGCCUUCCUCAUCCGUCGUGCCCCUCUCCGACCCCACCCUCCUCUUCACCAAUGCGGGCAUGAACCAGUACAAGGCCAUCUUCCAAGGCACCGUCGACCCCUCGUCCGACUUCGCACAGCUCAAGCGCGCCGCCAACUCGCAAAAGUGCAUCCGCGCCGGUGGAAAGCACAAUGACCUCGACGAUGUGGGCAAGGACAGUUAUCACCACACCUUUUUCGAGAUGCUGGGCAACUGGAGUUUCGGCGACUACUUCAAGACGGAGGCGGUAGGCUUCACCUGGGAGCUGCUCACAAAGGUCUACGGCAUAGAUCCCAAGAGGUUAUACGUCACAUACUUUGAGGGCGUGCCAGGUGAGCUGGAGCCGGAUCUGGAAGCCAAGGAGCUGUGGAAGAGCGUGGGUGUACCGGAAGACCACAUCCUGCCUGGUGACAUGAAAGACAACUUCUGGGAGAUGGGUGAUCAGGGCCCAUGUGGACCUUGCUCCGAGGUACACUACGAUUUGAGGGAGCCAGUCAACGGGGAGUACAGGAACGCUGCGUCGCUCGUCAACAUGGACGACCCCGAGGUCAUCGAGAUCUGGAACAACGUCUUCAUGCAGUACAACCGCGAGCCCGACCGAUCACUACGACCGCUACCGAACAAGCACAUCGAUACCGGUAUGGGAUACGAGCGAUUGGUCUCAGUGCUGCAGCACAAGAAGUCCAACUACGACACCGACGUCUUCACACCACUGUUCAAGAGGAUACAGGAGAUUACUGGAGCGCGGGAAUACAGGGGCAACUUUGGGGACCAGGACCCAGAUGGUAUCGACACUGCAUACCGCGUCGUCGCGGACCACGUUCGCAUGAUGAGCUUUGCCAUUGCCGACGGUGGUGUACCGAACAACGUCGGUCGGGGAUACGUCGUCCGCCGAGUGCUUCGGAGAGGUGCACGAUACGCGCGCAAAUACUUCGAGACGGAAAUCGGCGACUUCUUCUCCAAGAUCGUACCUACGCUGGUUGAACAGAUGGGCGACAUGUUCCCCGAGAUCAAGAAGAAGCAACAAGACAUCAUGGAGAUUCUGGAUGAGGAAGAGAAGGCAUUCGCCAAGUCGUUAGAUCGCGGCGAGGUCAUCUUCGAAAAGUACGCGCAAAAGGCCAAGGUCAAGGGCUCGGAUGAGCUGCCAGGAGACGAUGUUUGGCGGUUAUACGACACCUACGGUUUCCCUGUUGAUCUGACGAAGCUAAUGGCUGAAGAGCGCGGCUUGAAGAUCAAGGACGAGGAGGUUGAGGCCGCACAAGAAAAGGCUCGCGAAGCUAGCAAGGGAGAUAAGAAGGCUGGUGCCGUAGUCGUCAAGUUCGACGUACACGACCUUGGUGCGCUGGAGAAUAUGCCCGAAGUCCCAAAGACCGACGACUCCGCCAAGUUUGGCCGCGAAAACAUCACCGCUGCCAUCAAGGCGAUAUAUCACAACAAGAAGUUCCUCAAGAGCACUAAAGAGGUACCGGAAGGCGAGCAGUUCGGUGUCUUGCUUGACAAGACAAACUUCUACGCCGAGCAGGGUGGUCAAGAAUUCGAUACUGGAAGGUUACUUGUAGAUGGCGAGGCCGAGAUCAGUAUCGAGAACGUGCAGGUAUAUGCCGGCUACGUGUUGCACACUGGAUACAUCAAGUACGGCGAGUUGAGCGUAGGCAGCGAGGUUAUUGCAGAGUUCGACGAGCUCAGGAGACAUCCCAUCCGCAACAACCACACCGGUACUCACGUUCUCAAUUACGCUCUUCGGGAAGUCCUUGGUAACGAGGUCGACCAGAAGGGUUCUCUAGUCGCACCAGAGAAGCUGCGUUUCGACUUCUCGCACAAGGCUGGUCUGUCAGAUGCGGAGCUAGACAAGGUCGAGAAGAUAUCCUCCGAGUACAUCAAGCAGGAUUCACAAGUCUACGCCAAAGAAGUACCACUCGCAUCUGCAAAAGAGAUCCGUGGUGUCCGAGCCGUCUUCGGCGAGACCUACCCCGACCCCGUCCGCGUCGUCUCCGUCGGUGUCCCAGUCGAAGAGCUCCUCAGCGACGUCAAGAACGAGAAGUGGGAAAAGCUCUCCAUCGAAUUCUGCGGCGGCACCCACGUCCUCAAGACAGGCGAGAUCAAAGAACUCGUCAUCCUCGAGGAAUCCGGCAUCGCCAAGGGCAUCCGCCGUAUCGUCGCGGUAACCGGCCAAGAAGCCUACAACGUCCAACGCAUCGCGCGCGAAUUCCAAGAACGCGUCCAAGCCAUGGGCAAGAUGGCUUUUGGUCCCGCCAAGGAAGCCGAAGCGAAGAAAAUCGGCGUCGACCUCAACAACCUGACCAUCUCUGCCAUAGCAAAGACCAAGCUGCGCGAGGAGUUCGCCAAGAUCCAAAAGAGCAUUCUGGACGAGCAGAAAACUGCUGCGAAGGCUGAUAACAAGCGUGUGCUCGAUGAAGUGACCAAGUUCUUCGAGGACGACAGCAAGAAGUUCAUGGUGAAGAAGCUGGAGUGGUCGAGCACGGUUAACAAGGCUAUCAGCGAGGCUAUCAAGACUGUCUCUGGUCCGAAGAGUGCACUCAAGGAUCGGAGUUUGUAUCUUUUCUCUGCUUCGCCCGAGGAGGGUAAGGUUGUGCAUGGGUGUUAUGUUAGUGAGCCGUUCAAGAACGCAGGCGCCGACGGACCCAAAUGGGCCGCUGCUGUUACUCCCAUUAUCGGUGGUAAGGCGGGUGGCAAGCCGGGCGCUCCUACUGCGAUUGGCCAGGGUACGAAUGCGGAUAAGGUUGAUGAGGGUGUUGCGGAGGCGACGAAGUUCAUUGAGAGUCUUAAGCUCUAA